AUGGAGAUCUUAAAUGCUAAUGAACGUAUUCAUCAUAUGUGUAGAAAAAAUGUCGUAAAAACCAUUAUAACUGGACAUAAUGCAGCACAAAUUAAUUAUCGAGUAAAAAUAAAUCAAGGUUUUGUGUUACGUGUUAAUUUCAUUAAACAAAAAAUACCAAUUUGUCAUUCAAUCUUAAGGGCCCAAGAUUUACAUCUGAAUGAUAUCCAUCAUAUUCAAAGUGAAAAUGGAAUCAAAAAUUGUUCAAUUACAAUGGCAAUGUUACCGUAUACGAAGACAAAAUCCAUAAUGAAUUCUUUAGUUGUAAGUGUAAUUAAAUCAAAAAUUUGUAAUGAAGAUUGGAUCAUGAUCGAUCAAACACGGCAAUGUAUGAGAGAAAAACAAUCGUGUAAACAAUUAGGUUUCAAUGAUUAUGCUGUAAUUGGUGGCGAUAAUGAUGCUGUCCAAAAUGACAAAUUGAUUAGAUUAGGUUAUCAAUUUUGUCUUCCAUAUCCAAAAUUACCGGUAGAUUUUCUUGUCGUUCUAUGUGAUGUGGUUACAAUUCGUUUAAUAACCACUUUAAAUCAUGAUAAUUGGAUAUAUGUAAAAUUUGGAUUAUCAUCUGGUAAACAGCUUGAACCAAGAAUGCCUUUUGGUGAAUACAUUCCAUAUUUAUACAAUUGUUCGGUUACACAAUAGUGAAUUGAUGCAAUAACAACAACAACAACAACAACAACAAAAAAUUGAUGGACAAAACUCAGACAAUAAUGAUUUUGGAGGAGAUUAAUAGAUAAACUUUAUUUAUUUAUUUUUUUACACACGCAAAUAAAAGAAAAAUGUAAUUUUUGAAUAUAAUCCACAAAAAAAGGUUGAGAAUCACUGCUUAUGUGGAUAUAUAGCUGGAAAAAAAAUGAAUGACUUCAUCCCAAUACGCGUUGCUUCAACCAAAACGACAACAACAACAACAACAACAAAAACAACAACAAAUAGAUGUAGCAAUUUAUACGAAAGAUUUUGAGCUUCGCUAACAACAACAACAACAACAACAAAAAAAAAUUGCCACAAAAAAAAUCAGACUGUUUCUGUGUUUUAUUUUUGAUUGUUUUUUUUGUGUGAGGUGAUUCUGCCAAAUGCUCUAUUUUUUAGA